CCUUGGAAGCAACAAUUAAGCAGCUCUGGGAUAAAACACACUGCCGGCGGGAGCACGGGGGCAUUGCUUCAAGAGAUGGCAAGGCAGGCAGCUGCACCCCUCCUCCCCGGAGUCCUCUUCCUCUUCUCCAUCCUCCCGGCCUCGCAGCAAGGAGGGGUCCCUGGUGCUAUCCCAGGAGGUGGAGUCCCAGGAGCAGGCUUUUUCCCAGGUGCUGGAGUUGGAGGUUUAGGAGCAGGACUCGGGGCUGGAGGAAAACCUCUCAAACCAGGGGUUGGAGCCCUCGGGGGACUUGGCCCCCUUGGCCUGCAGCCAGGUGCUGGGGGUCUCUUCCCCGGAGGUGCCUACCCCGGGGGAGUCUUCCCAGGUGCUGCCUCUGCUGCUGCGCUCAAGGCUGCAGCUAAAGCUGGUGCGGUAGCACCGGGUGCGGUGCAGCCCGGGGCUGGUGCAGCAGGGAAGCCUCCCAAAAUACCAGGCGCUGGGAUUCCUGGAGCUUUCCCGGGUGGCGUGCUCCCCGGCACAGGCAUUCGUUUCCCUGGUGUAGGGGUGCUGCCCGGAGUGCCCACUGGUGCUGGCGUCAAACCAAAAGGGCCAGGAGCAGGAGCCUUUGCAGGAAUCCCUGGACUGGGAGGUUUUGGAGGUCAGCAGCCUGGUGUCCCUCUGGGGUAUCCCAUCAAAGCUCCUAAGCUCCCAGGUGGCUAUGGAUUGCCCUACACCACAGGCUUUGGGCCCGGCGGGAUAGGAGCUGGUAUUGGGGCAGGAGGAAAGGCAGGGUACCCCACCGGGACAGGAGUCGGAGCACAGGCGGCAGCAGCUAAAGCAGCAGCAAAAUAUGGAGCAGGUGUCCUGCCUGGGGCUGGUGCCAUCCCUGGGGUCGGCGGAGUGGUCCCCGGUGCUGGUGUUGUCCCAGGAGCUGGAGCUGUAGGGCCAGCAGCAGCAGCUGCAGCGGCGAAGGCAGCAGCGAAGGCAGGAGCUGUAGGUGCAGGGGUUGGCGGCGUCCCAGGCCUCGUGCCCGGCGUUGGUGGCGUGCCCGGCGUUGGUGGUGUGCCCGGCUUGGUGCCCGGUGUCGGAGGUGUCCCCGGGGUGGCAGGAGUCGGGGCGCCAGCGGCAGCGGCAGCAGCAAAGGCAGCGAAGUUCGGUGCAGGGGUUGGCGGCGUCCCAGGCCUCGUGCCCGGCGUUGGUGGCGUGCCUGGCGUUGGUGGCGUUCCCGGCGUUGGUGGUGUGCCCGGCUUGGUGCCCGGUGUCGGAGGUGUCCCCGGGGUGGCAGGAGUCGGGGCGCCAGCGGCAGCGGCAGCAGCAAAGGCAGCGAAGUUCGGUGCAGGGGUUGGCGGCGUCCCAGGCCUCGUGCCCGGCGUUGGUGGCGUGCCCGGCGUUGGUGGCGUUCCUGGCGUUGGUGGUGUGCCCGGCUUGGUGCCCGGUGUCGGAGGUGUCCCCGGGGUGGCAGGAGUCGGGGCGCCGGCAGCAGCGGCAGCAGCAAAGGCAGCGAAGUUCGGUGCAGGGGUUGGCGGCGUCCCAGGCCUCGUGCCCGGCAUUGGUGGCGUUCCCGGCGUUGGUGGUGUGCCCGGCUUGGUGCCCGGUGUCGGAGGUGUCCCCGGGGUGGCAGGAGUCGGGGCGCCAGCGGCAGCAGCAAAGGCAGCGAAGUUCGGUGCAGGGGUUGGUGGCGUCCCAGGCCUCGUGCCCGGCGUUGGUGGCGUGCCCGGCGUUGGUGGUGUGCCCGGCUUGGUGCCCGGUGUCGGAGGUGUCCCCGGGGUGGCAGGAGUCGGGGCGCCGGCAGCAGCGGCAGCAGCAAAGGCAGCGAAGUUCGGUGCAGGGGUUGGCGGCGUCCCAGGCCUCGUGCCCGGCGUUGGUGGCGUUCCCGGCGUUGGUGGUGUGCCCGGCUUGGUGCCCGGUGUCGGAGGUGUCCCCGGGGUGGCAGGAGUCGGGGCGCCGGCAGCAGCGGCAGCAGCAAAGGCAGCGAAGUUCGGUGCAGGGGUUGGCGGCGUCCCAGGCCUCGUGCCCGGCGUUGGUGGCGUGCCCGGCGUUGGUGGUGUGCCCGGCUUGGUGCCCGGUGUCGGAGGUGUCCCCGGGGUGGCAGGAGUCGGGGCGCCAGCGGCAGCGGCAGCAGCAAAGGCAGCGAAGUUCGGUGCAGGGGUUGGCGGCGUCCCAGGCCUCGUGCCCGGCGUUGGUGGCGUGCCCAGCGUUGGUGGUGUGCCCGGCUUGGUGCCCGGUGUCGGAGGUGUCCCCGGGGUGGCAGGAGUCGGGGCGCCGGCAGCAGCGGCAGCAGCAAAGGCAGCGAAGUUCGGAGCAGGGCGUGUGCCUGGUGUUGGUGUUCCUGGUGUUGGUGUUCAGUGAGUUGGUGUUCCUGGUGUUGGUGUUCAGUGAGUUGGUGUUCCUGGUGUUGGUGUUGCUUGAGUUG